AUGGCCCUCAGACUUAGCUCGAGUGAAGCGCGAAGAUGCACCGAAGAAAACAAGACUCUUGUUCGGUCCCUAGUGCGCCUCUCCCAGACUUGUUCCAUGCUGCGUGAGAUCGCCCAACCUAUUGGAUAUCACUGCCCUAUAUCCGAAAAUGGUUUCAUCUCGCUUGUCCGGACUCUCUGUGAGCGUCCAGAUCUCGCCAGCAAGGUCCAGGUCUUCAGGGCUGGGGGAGGGUGUAUACCGGCCCUCGGUGCAGAGUUAUCUGAUGCGGCAUCCAACCUUUUCCAGAGCCAAAUGGCCCAGUUUACCGAGAACCGCCCGCAGUUGUUUAAUGAGCAUCCUCAACUAGCAGUCUCUGCUCUUUCACUGGCUAAAGUUCCAAACGCAAAGUCUCUCACCAUGGUACUAUCAGAGGAGGGGGCGGACGACUUCCCCUUCAUCGCCAACAAUGGCUUGCCCAACGUUGAGGAAAUAUACAUUGAAAAUGGUCAAGAUGCGCUAGAACAUCCAUGUCAAGAUGCUACGGAACCGAUUUUGUCGGCAGCCUCAUCGGCAUUGAAGCAUUUCGAAAUGAAUGGUUUCUUCAUCGAAUUCCUCCCGAUGAGCACGGUGGAAAGCCAAAUCACGUCGUUGCACUUGAUAGACUGUCGCAUAGAGUAUGACACGAUGGCGAAUUUAUUGUAUGGCUGGGAUCGUCUUUCCAACCUUUCCGAGUUCAUCUAUCGGCCUGGAGGAGCUGAAAUAGUUGAUAUAGUAGAUGCCAGUUCGUCAGAUGCAUCCGGGGCUGCUUUGAGAGCCCGACGCCUGAGACGUCUCAUUCUUGAUUGGAGAAAUGCCGAGGACAUCUAUCCAAAGCAUGAUUUCCUCGAAACUGACUGCUGCAUUGAAAGUGUUCGAACGCUCGAAUUCCUGGAGUACUUGGAGAUUUCUUCCCGUUCUAUCUGUCUUCACCCCCAUGAAGUUGACGAAAUGCACUCCGAUCGCGACAUGCUUAUUGCAAGACUCUUACCGCCGUCAAUCAAAGCGCUUAAGAUUCUGGAACUAGACCCCAGGCUAGUCCCUGCUCUGAAGUAUCUAGCCCGCUGCGCUGCUCUUCAUUUUACACAUUUAACGGAUGUAUAUUUUGAAAGCCGAGGAGCGGAGUGCAACGAGGCAGUACAGGCGGCUUUUGCAGGAACAUCUAUAUCUACACAUUUUGAUGUUUAG